AUGCAUAAGUGUAUAGCGUGUGGCAAUAAAUCUAAUACCACCAAAGUCAAUCGUCCAGGAGUAAUGUAUCACGGAAUACCCAAGAACGCAUACAUGAGAAGAAAAUGGCUAAAAGUUUUUGGAAUUGAUCGUUGUCAUGAUUGGCAACGGAUAUGUAGUGAUCAUUUUUUAGAAGAAAACUAUAAGCCAGGAAAAAAGCGAUUUUUAUUUUCAAAUGCUAUUCCCCAACCUUAUGAUCCAAAUGGUUUUCCUUCUAAUGAUGCUACUCAAAGUAAUGAUAUUGAAAUUGAGAAUAAUGUAAUUUUACCAAUUGAACAAAAUAUGCCGGACCUUACCUUAGGAUCUGGAUUACAAUGUUCCGUUAAAAACUGCUUCAACAGGUUUUCAAAGAAUCUUAGUCUCUUUGGCUAUCCUAUGGAUUUCACGCUGAGAAAAAAGUGGAUAGAAAAAUGCGGUUUAAAAAUAGAUCCCUCUAAAAUAGUAAUGAGUAGUACAAGAGUUUGUGCUACUCAUUUUGAAAUCGAUUGUUUCAAAAAUACUGAAUUAAAGAACAGAUUAAAACCAGGCGCUGUUCCAUCAUUAUUUUUAGAUAACGUCCCUAAUGCAUUGCCUGUGCCAGUAUUGAGUACAUGUGAAGAUCAAUUCAUACGUUAUGAAGCUGCUGAACAGACGUCAGAAGAAAAACAAAACAAUGUAAAAGAUAACACUUCCAUGACAAUUGACCUUACAACUGAUGAUUCAUCUAAUGAUUCGUUGUCCAUUACUUUGGAACCAAUUGAAAAAAGAACCUCACAAUGUUGUAUAAAUAAUAUAAAAUAUGUUCCAAUAAUGGAUGUUUGCAAUACUGAAGAUCUUACAAUUGAUGAACCUGAGUUUAUUUUUGAAAUGCCUAUGAAAGUUGUACUUCCUAGCUUAUAUUGGAAGGGUGAACAUCUUAAUGCAAAAAAUGCAACACGGUUUUAUCAACGUGACACCAAUGAUGUAACUGUGAAGAUAGUCCUUUUUUUUAAUAACCUUUUGCCAACUAUACAAAUAUAUGGCAAGAAAUAUGAAUAUACAACGCCUAUAAAAACAAAGAAAGAGUUAGAAGAUCUUUUAGAAAAAGUAGAUGGUAUUGAAAAAUGUCAUGGUAGGGGUGGAUUUGUCUUUGAACAAUGUUUAGGCUAUUUUGAAAAUAGUUUAGUCAAUAUGUGUUCUGGCUGUGAAGGGUUGGUAAAAGAUCAAGAUUUGCAAAGAAUGAAAGCAAAAAUUGUAGCUAAAAACAAAAUGAUGGAAAGUUUUUACAACUGCUUUGCUGAAAAGAAACUACUUAUAUUACAACUAAGAAGAAAAUUGGCAGAAAUCAAAAGAAAUCGUCGUCAUAGAUUCGCGUUAAAUCCAUCAGGAAUUUCAAAUAUUAUUGAAUCCGAUAAUUUUCACAAGGAAAAAUUUCCCAAUAUACAUUUUCUACUAAAAAUACUAUGCACAUUACCUGUUUCAACAUCCACUCCCGAGAGAACGUUUUCUUGUCUCAAAAGAUUGAAAUCUUAUCUACGAAACACAAUAACUGCGACUCGACUUAAUCGCUUAGCUAUGUUAGCUGUUCAUAAAGAAAUUCCACUAACAGCAGAAGAAGUUUUAAAUGAAUUGAGCAAAAAAUCAAGAAAACUAGAUUUUGUUCUUUCAUUUUAG